UUUGUGGGUAUGUGUGUGCGUGUUAGGGAGAGAUCAAAGGGCAGGCUGUGGUUCGUUAAAAAAUUAAAUGACUUUAAAAAUGAAGAGUAAUUUAAUCUAGUUUGUCAUUGCUUGAUCAAUGACUUUGAGGUUUUGCUGCAGAAGCCCGCAAAGUAACAAGCUUUAGUUAAGUUUGGCCUUAUUGGAAUCACAUUAUGAAUUAGUGGCUAAUAAUAAGCAGCUGUGUGGGAAAUAUUGAAGCCUGUGCAAACGUGCUACAUUUUUAUCAUUUAUCAGAAUACAAAAGCGGAAGUAUUAACAGGAACAGUAUCUUUUCAUCACUGCGUUACUCAAGCUGCAAGAAAUGAUAUAAAGCUGAAUGUCUCCACCUCCACCUGUGUCAUUAUAUAGAGCGUUUUAUCAUUGCGAGCUCACUGAUUGUCUUCAACAUGACCCUCAUCACCUUCUUUCUGCUCUUGCUGGUUUCUCUGCUGCCACACCUGACCUUCAUGGCUCAUGUGGGUAUAGUAAACGGCAGUGUAGCAAAACCUCACUCCAGACCUUACAUGGUUUCUGUUCAGCUGGAUGGUCAACAUAUCUGCGGUGGAUUCCUCAUUACUGAAGAGUUUGUCUUGACUGCUGCACAUUGCUGGAAUGGAGAAGAAAAUCUGACGGUUGUGGUUGGUGCUCACGACUUAAGACAAAGUAUGGCUUCAGAUCGCAUAGAAGUGGAGUCUUACAUCCGCCAUCCAAGCUAUAACUCAAAAUUUAUUUGGAAUGACAUCAUGGUUUUUAAGCUAAAGGAAAGAGUCACACAAAACAGUUCCGUUGGAUGGAUCUCAAUAUCAAAGAAAAAUGAACAUGUCGAUGCAAAUACUCUCUGUAGUGUUGCUGGUUGGGGAUUACUGACUAAUGGCACACUGAGCGAUUGUCUAAUGGAGGCAAAUGUGUAUAUAAUAAGUAACACGGAAUGUAAAAGUAAAUGGGGACGGCACUUCUCAGUGUCGCAGAUGAUGUGCACACGUGGACAUGGUGGAUCCUGCAGAUAUGACUCAGGAGGUCCUUUGGUUUGUGGAGACACUGCUGUUGGCAUCACAUCUUUUGGUGACCCUCAUCUCUGUAAUUCACCAAAACAUCCUAAUGUGUAUACGAAUAUUUCAGCAUACCGUCCAUGGAUUGACGGCGUAAUAAAAAUGGGAAAUUAG